AUGUGUGCACUGCUGUAUGCCAGGUGCGCUGGACGAAGGUUGGUCCAGAAUUCGCAGUGGCUACAAAGGCUGUGUGUGAAAAACCAGAUAAAAGGGUAUCGGGUCCUUGCGAUUGAGACAUCCUGCGACGACGCAUGUGUGACGCUCAUGGACAGGUAUUCGCCGGAUGAAGCACCGAAAGUGGUCGACGAACGGAAGGUUACGCUGGACUCUGCGUCGGCGGGUGGUGUCGUUCCCACCGACGCAGCCAACCACAAUAGGAAAAACAUCUCCAAGCUGGUCAACCAAAUGAUCAUAGACAACAAGUGGGGCUCGGCAGAAACGAAGCCUGACCUAGUUUGCGCAACCAGAGGCCCGGGUAUGGUUGGAUCGCUUGCAGGAGGGUAUCAGUUAGCGUGUGGUCUGUCCAUAGCGUGGCAGGUCCCUUUGGUGGGAGUCAACCACAUGCUGGGACAUUUGAUGGUUGUGAGAAUGGAAAGCAACGGGAAGGAACCGCAAUACCCGUUUUUGAGCUUGCUUGUGAGCGGGGGGCACACCAUGUGUGUUCUAUCCCACAGCUUGACGCACCAUGAGAUCUUAGUCGAUACAGUGGAUAUUGCAGCUGGAGAUGCUCUCGACAAGUGUGGGCGGGAGCUGGGCAUUUCGGGAAACAUGAUAGGGAGAGAGGUUGAGAAGCUGCUCGAUCAGCACAGGGAGGAGUGGGGCAAGCCUGUCGAGAUCAUGGUCAAGGAGCCCAUGUUGAACCAGUGGGACCGGAAGGACUCACUCCAGUAUUCUUUUGCCUCUUUCAACUCACAGGUGAAAAAUACCUUGAAGAAGUUCUACAGCUCUGAAAUCCCGCAAGACGAAACGAUCAAAGCCAGGUUGCUCUUCAGAUUCCAGCAAACCAUCUUUCAGCACAUGAUAUCCAAAAUAAAGUUAGCAAUUAAGAUACACAAACUAGACGUGAAAAAUUUCAUUUGUUCUGGCGGGGUGAGCUCUAAUCUUUAUCUGAGAAAAAUGCUUAAGGAUCAGUUGGGGCCUGCAGGAAUAGAAAACUUCUACUUCCCCGAGCCCCGGUUGUGUACAGACAACGCUACCAUGAUUGGAUGGGCUGGUAUAGAGCUGUAUGAGCAGGGCUACACUACCGAUAUUGGCACUACUGUAAUUAGAAAAUGGCCAAUCACAAAAUUGCUAGAGUUGGAGGGUUGGGAACGAAAACCCAAUAAUUUAUAG